AUGGCGCAGAAAGCAGCCAAAUCUCUCGCCGCCCGCAAUGCCUCCGUGCUCCUCCGAACCCAUCUCAUUUCUCUUGGUCUUCAUGCCAUUUUCCUUGUCCUGCACUGGACCUUCGGGCGUCCUCAUGCGCUGAAGCCCUACCUCUUUCUAGCCUGUCCAACCCUUGUCAUCGAAUUUUACCUGGACCGUCUAGGUCGUCCGCGGUAUAACCCCGCCGACGGCUCUCUACGCUCACCUGGUGAAGACUUGGGUGCGGCCGGCCUAACCGAGUACAUGUGGGAUGUCUUGUACUGGACCUGGGGCUGCAUCGGAGCUGUCUGCGUAUUCAAUGACCGCGCCUGGUGGCUGUGGAUCGUCGUGCCUCUGUAUUCGGUCUGGUUGGCGUACACGACGUUCAUGGGAAUGAAGUCCGGAUUGGCCGGAAUGGGUGGUGCCGGCGCAGACACACCGGCGGCUGAGAGCAAGCGCCAAAAGAAGAUGGAGAAACGUGGUAAUCGAGUGCAGUAUCGGUGA